AUGUUAGAAAUUGUCCUUUUCGUUUUAUUUGUUGUAAGUUUCUCACAAUCACAUCAAAUCCACACUUAUACCUUUGUAGUUUGUAAUUAUUAUCAACUGUUCAUUCCGCCCAUCUUCUUCAACACGAUGUGAUCCACGAAAAAGUUUAGAUCCUCAAAUUGAUUCUGAUAUAAAACGAAAAUAUAUUCCAAAUAUGCCAGUUUGGGAUGAAACUCUUCCUGAUGUUUUAGAAGUUUAUGAUAGUGUUCAAGCUAAACAAAGGUCAGAAGAUUGUACAGAAUCAGGAAUCGAAAUAUAA